AUGGGUUCUGAAGGGAACAAGAUCAGCGAUGACAUGGAGUUCCAACCAUCGGAGCCGGCACUAUGCGCUAAGGGUUGUGGCUUUUUCGGCACGGCGGCGACGAUGAAUCUAUGUUCCAAGUGUUACAGGGAUUUACGAAACAACGAACAGCAAGCAGCUUCGGCUAUGGCGGCUAUGGGGAAACUGGUGAUUCAGAAUCAGAAUCAAUCGGCUGUUCCUGAUGGGAUUAAUUUACAGACCACCGUGGGGACGUCGACUUCUGUGGCUGAAUCAUUGCCGUUGGUUGAGAGUGGUGAACCUAUGAUGGCGAAUAGGUGUUUGAGUUGUAAUAAGAAGGUGGGGGUUUUUGGGUUCCUGUGUAGGUGCGGAAAGACUUUCUGUGGGACCCAUAGGUACCCCGAAAAGCACGAGUGCUCGAUCGAUUACAAGGGGCUUGGAAAGGAAGCCAUUGCCAAGGCUAAUCCGCUGGUCAAGGGUGAUAGGGUACAGAGGUUCUGA